GGCUGCGCUCGCCGGCCUGGGGCGACAGUCUCAGACAUGUGGAAGGACGUGGAGCUCCUGAGCAGUGACGACACAGGAAAUGGCUGCCUGACCACGGGGUCCCGGAAGGAGCACGGGACUGCUUUAUAUCAAGUCGAUUUGCUGGUGAAGAUCUCCUCCGAAAAGCCUUCACUAAAUCCAAAGAUACAAGCUUGCAGCUUAAAUGAUGGGUUUAUUAUUGUAGCUGACCAGUCGGUGAUACUGCUUGACAGUGUCUGUAGAUCCUUUCAAUUGCAUCUCAUAUUUGAAACGGAAGUGGAUGUAGUUGGCCUGUGUCAAGAAGGAAAAUUUCUCCUGGUUGGGGAAAGAAGUGGCAACUUGCAUCUUAUCCAUGUGACGUCAAAGCAGACGCUACUCACUACUGCUUUUGUUCAGCCAUCUAAUGAUAAAAGCCAACGGACUUAUCAGAAUCUCAUUAUUGCGAAAGAUGGUUCAGAUGAAGGUUCCUAUUAUAUGUUGCUUCUUACAAACAAUGGAUUUUUUUAUGUUACAAACCUCCAGCUCAUGAAAAUUCAGCAAG